AUGGAGGUCCCGCCCCGACUCUCCCAUGUGCCGCCGCCAUUGUUCCCCUCCGCUCCCGCUACUUUAGCCUCCCGCAGCCUCUCCCAUUGGCGGCCGCGGGCGCCGCGGCAGCUUGCCCCGCUCCUCCCUUCGCUCGCUCCCAGCUCCGCCCGGCAGGUGGCGCGCCGGGCCCAGCGCCACGUCACCGCCCAGCAGCCCUCCCGAUUGGCGGGCGGGGCGGCUAUAAAGGGAGGGCGCAGGCGGCGCCCGGAUCUCUUCCGCCGCCAUUUUAAAUCCAGCUCCAUACAACGCUCCGCCGCUGCUGCUGCCGCGACUCGGUCUGCGCGCCAGCACCUUCCGGCCGACCACUCCGCCGCUAUGGAAGACAUGAACGAGUACAGCAACAUAGAGGAAUUCGCAGAGGGAUCCAAGAUCAACGCGAGCAAGAACCAGCAGGAUGACGGUAAAAUGUUUAUUGGAGGCUUGAGCUGGGAUACAAGCAAGAAAGAUCUGACUGAAUAUUUGUCUCGAUUUGGGGAAGUUGUGGACUGCACGAUUAAAACAGAUCCUGUUACUGGAAGAUCACGAGGAUUUGGAUUUGUGCUUUUCAAGGAUGCUGCUAGUGUUGAUAAGGUUUUGGAACUGAAAGAACACAAACUGGAUGGCAAAUUGAUAGACCCUAAACGGGCCAAAGCUUUAAAGGGGAAGGAACCCCCAAAAAAGGUUUUCGUGGGUGGAUUGAGCCCAGAUACUUCGGAGGAACAAAUUAAAGAAUAUUUUGGAGCCUUUGGAGAGAUUGAAAAUAUUGAACUUCCUAUGGAUACAAAAACAAAUGAAAGAAGAGGAUUUUGCUUUAUUACAUAUACAGACGAGGAGCCAGUAAAGAAAUUGUUAGAAAGCAGAUACCAUCAAAUUGGUUCUGGGAAGUGUGAAAUCAAAGUUGCACAACCCAAAGAGGUAUAUAGACAGCAACAGCAACAACAAAAGGGAGGAAGAGGUGCUGCAGCUGGUGGGCGAGGAGGUACUAGGGGUCGUGGCCGAGGUCAGGGCCAAAACUGGAACCAAGGAUUUAAUAACUAUUAUGAUCAAGGAUAUGGAAAUUACAAUAGUGCCUAUGGUGGUGAUCAAAACUAUAGUGGCUAUGGCGGCUAUGAUUAUACUGGGUAUAACUAUGGGAACUAUGGAUAUGGACAGGGAUAUGCAGACUACAGUGACCAGCAGAGUGGUUAUGGGAAAGUAUCCAGGCGAGGUGGUCAUCAAAAUAGCUACAAACCAUACUAA